AUCAGGAAGUCUGGGAGGGUUUCUUCCUUACUGUCAGGUCCCAAUUCAGCGUGCUGCAGACAUCUCCCACCAGUAACUCGCUUCUAGGGCCUUCUGCCUGCCGUCUCUAGGGUGCUUAGCUCUCAUUUAUCCUCGGCUUUGGUUACGGUCGGGGUCCCCAGUUUUUUUACGAGAGAUUCUGUUGAGAUGGCCGACCAGCUGUCUGAGGAUCAGAUUGCGGAGUUUAAGGAAGCCUUCAGCUUAUUUGACAAAGAUGGAGAUGGCAGCAUCACAACGAAAGAACUUGGCACCGUCAUGCGGUCAUUGGGACAAAAUCCCACUGAGGCCGAGUUGCAAGAUAUGAUUAAUGAGGUCGACGCUGACGGCAACGGCACGAUUGACUUUCCCGAGUUCCUGAACCUUAUGGCGAGGAAAAUGAAGGAUACCGAUUCUGAAGAGGAGCUGAAGGAAGCAUUCAAGGUGUUCGACAAAGACCAGAACGGCUUUAUUUCGGCGCAGGAGCUUCGGCACGUGAUGACGAACCUGGGAGAGAAAUUGACAGACGAGGAGGUUGACGAGAUGAUCAGGGAAGCGGAUGUGGACGGAGAUGGCCAGGUUAAUUAUGAGGAGUUUGUGAAGAUGAUGAUGGCGAAAUAAGUCAAGCACAAUCCAUCCUCGUCAAGCACAAUCUCUCUUAAUUUCCUUCUUCCUCAGCUGCUGACUGGGUAUCCUGAAGCCCCCAUUCUUGUCCCAGGUUUGGAGCUUAGGGAUGCUCACUCAGCCAUGGACAACACUUGUGAGCUCUGAUGUUCUGCCUUCAAUUCCUGUCGGUGCAGUAGUGGGGUAGAUGCCUCUUGGUUUCCACAGGGUUGUAAAACAGUACCUAGAUUCAAUCGUUAGGUCUGAAACGCUGAUGCUGGUUGUUGCUCUGUACAGCACUAGGUUCAGAAGCGAUACUCAGCUGGCUGGAUCUGUGCAUAACGCAUUUGUUACAACAUUGCAUUGAAUGAAACAUUGUGCCCGAU